AUGCCAGUUCCAUUUGAAGGUUUAAUCCCUUACGCAAUUAUGACCGCUUUUUUUGGUCUUGCAGGCCACGGUGUUCAAUAUAUCCGUUACUGGGAUAACGGCUGGAAGAAUGAUCGUUACAACUUGGACCGUUGGGACGAGAAAAUGUUACAGCGUGACUUUUUGCUAACAGGUACAUAUCGUGGACAGAGUAGUGAAGCUAUAGCACCGGAAAGUUUCAAGACGGCAGAGUUGACAGAGCAAAGAUACUACGCACCAUACAGAGACCAAUUCUUUACUUUGAGAGACAGGUUGUACAGAGGAUACGUGUUUGGAGAUUGGAAUCUCUCGUGA